UCCUGUCUCUCUAUCAAUAAUCUAAGCCUGUUCUCGGCCCUCAGGUUAAUCCACCGAGGCUUUAGUGACCGUCCCACAAAAAGCCAUUGUGCUUUACUUAAUUAUAACCUCCGCUACGAUCUGACCUGCCACGACCAGGGGAGGUGAAGUGUGCAAGAAAGCAGCAUGCCAUCCAGUCCCAGCGGAUAGAGAGGGAAACACUAGACCCGUAAGUGGAAAAUAACUGCCGGACGUUAGAAAUGGUAAAAAAAAAAAAAAAAAAAAACAUGGGAUAGUGCUAUUGGUAAGAGCCUAAUGGAAAAUUUCCCCUUCAUCCAACCCCUGGUGCCCUCCUACUUUGGCUUUUUGGCCACUGGGAGCCAAUGUGAGCCUGCUAUGGGAUUGUUGUUUUUUUUUUCACAGUUACUUCCCACAGUACCUGUGUGGCUCUGAGAGCAUUUGGGACGCUGCUGCACAAAGCUAACAUGGACCAAACAACAGGACACCUGCUGGCUCUGGCUUUCCUCCUGCUGGCAAAGAUCGAAGGGUCCAGCCAAAACAGCAUCAUCACCUGGUGUGCAGUGUCGGCUGCGGAGGAGCAGAAGUGUCUGGAUCUGGCCGGGAACGCCACAGCACAGAACAUUCGCGGAACGUUGCAGUGUGUUCGCGGCCAGAGCCCAGCGGACUGCAUGCAGAGGAUUAAGAACGGUACAGCAGAUGCCGCCUCAAUGUAUCCAGAUGAGAUCUACACUGCAGGGGUUUGUCAUGGACUGGAUGUUGCAGUGGGAGAAUCCUAUAAUGGAGUGGAUGGUAUAAAUUACUAUGUGGUGGCUUUGGCCCGGAGAUCCUCUGGCGACCUGUCACUGCUGGAGAUGCAUGAGCGGAGCUCCUGUCACCCGGGGAUCAGGACCACCGUGGGCUGGACUGUACCCAUCGGCUUCCUGGUCAACACAUCACAGAUCAGUGUGAACGAGCAGUGUAAUUUCCCUCAUGCGGUGGGGGAUUUCUUUGGAUACAGCUGUGUCCCAGGAGCGAAGGACCCGGAGCACGACCCCAAAGGCACCAAUCCCAGAAACCUGUGUGAAGCCUGCAUAGGAGACGACAACGACCGGCACAUCUGUGCCAACAACCCAAGAGAACGCCACUACGGGGAGGCAGGGGCACUCCGAUGUGUGGCGGAGAAUCUUGGUGAUGUGGCCUUCGUUAAGCACACCACAGUCUUCGACAACAUGAACGGUAAAAAUCAGGAGUCCUGGGCUCUGGACCUGGAGAUGGAGGACCUCAAGCUGCUCUGCCCUGACGGAGGCGAGGCUUCUCUCUUCCAGCACAAACGUUGCCACCUGGCUGUGGUGCCGGCCAACGCUGUGGUGGUGCGCCUGGAGGAUAAGUGCCGCGUUUACAAGUUCCUGGAACGCGUGCAGAACGCGUUUGCGAACGCCACGCAGGGCUUCUCCCUCUUCAGUUCAGCGGCAUACGGUCAGCCCGACGUGAUGUUCAGUGAUUCCACUCAGAAGCUGCUGAGGGUCAUGGGCACCUACCCGUCCUGGCUGGGGCAUAGCUAUACCACUGUGCUUCAGGCAUUCGAGUGUGAAGGUUUGUGCUGAUGUGAUGGAAAGCCCCCCCACUCCUCCACUCUCUCAUUUCUCUCUCUCUCUCUCUCUCUCUCUCUCUCUCUUUCUUUUCUGAUCUCACUCCCUCUUCCCAUAUCUCCCAUUUUCCCUUUUCAGUCUCUCCAAUCCUACACAUCCUGCUGAAGGACUGCCUGAAGAGUGGUGUAGGCCACACAUAGGCCAAAGGCCCGCGAGGUCCCAUGCUUCAUAGCCUGACCCUGCUUUCUUCUCUCCUCUGCUAGCAGCUAAAAUGCAGCACAUUAGCUUCACUGUUACCGAUCUAGGCCACUUGAUCUGCGGUCUCACGAUGGAAGAAGGUCGAUGCCAGCAGGCAGGCCAUGAUUUUUCCAGGGAGGGGGAGCCACCAUGCGCCAUGAAGGGAUUCAUUCUUUUGAGCCAAUACCGUGUUACAUGUACUUCAAAUCUACCGCAAUUCGAUAUCUUUGGCUAAAGCUAGUGGAAGCACACUAAACCAGUGGUUCCCAGUGCUGGUCCUGGGGGCCCACUGCCACCAAAUGGUAAUCUGAAGCCCUGUUGGAGCUGGAUUAGUUUUACUUAGGGGAAAUUCUGUAAACCUUUAAAGUGAUUACAAGUCAGAACUGGAGUUAUCCGGUUUUAAUCGACAGUGUGUCGCAUUUACAAUAUGACAGUGCGUAUUUUGGAAUAAAUGGAUUGGUAAUCUGUAAUUGGCUACAAAUACACUCUCUGGAAUCCAAAGUACACUAUGUUCAAAUGUUUAUGGACGAUCCACAGUUGUGUAAAAACCAACACAGCUUUUCUGAUACCUGUAGAAUUUUUUUCCCAAUAGAAUAGGACUCUCUGUAGCAGAUGAGCCUGAUCGUAUUGGUACCAUGGCUAAUUUGCUAGCCGGAACAUGGGCUAGAGCAGGGGUCGGCAAAAGGUGGAAACAUCUGGAACGUGAGGUUGUUUGAAAUAUAAUGAACGAUAAUGAAAAAAAACAAACAAAAUUAAAUAAUUCUCUGGUGAGGUUUUGUUAACAUUCCUCCCCUGUCUCUCUGUCUCGCUUAACGUGAGUUUAGUUUCCGCCCGUUCUCAUUAUAAGGGACUUAAGGGACCCAGUCGUGUCCCAAUUCACUAGCUGGGGUAGAGGUAGUGUAUUGGACUGCAAACCUGAUGACACGGGUUCAAUCCCACGUGAGGAGCAGUGUGUUUAUUUAUUUAUUUUUUCCUUUCAUCCUUGGUUUAUCUGUUUUGAGAUCAACUGUUCUGCAAUUGGGUUCAACAACCCUCUGGGCUGGAGAGCUACUAGUCUGUAGCACUACAAUCCAUUACACUUCAUUUUACAAAACUUUCCAAGACUUUUUGGCUUGGCUUGGAAAAUGUCUGGCCUGAGGCCAAACUUAAUUGCCGACCCCUGGGCUAGAGGGUUAUAAAGCCCUCAGUUAUAUGGGAGACAAUUUUCCCAAAUUUUAAGAAAAUAUUGUCAUUAUUUGCAGAAAAUAACAAGAUGCAAAGAUAGAGCGCUUUCAGACCUCAAAUAAUGCAAAGAAAACAAGUUCAUAUUCUUAUUUUACAGUUUCCAUGCAUUUUGGCAUGUUCUUCUCCACCAGUCUUACACACUGCUUUUGGAUACCUUUAUGCCAAAAAUUAUAGUCCUGAAUUGUGACUUGCUAUUAAAUUGAAUACACCUAAAAUGUUUUGCUGCUAAAAUCCAGUCUAAAAGGUCGCCAGUAAGAUUCACUCUAUUCAGUUACAAAAGUAAAAGUUCACAUGGGCCUGAAUUCAUUAUCUCCUCAGAGCUGGAGUGCUGACAAUGGAUCAGAUUCCCCUUUUAUCUGCACUGACCUUACUGACCGGAACAGAUCCUAAAUUAGCACUCUGGGAAGGUUUAGAGAUACAUGCCCAGAUAUUCUUGUGGCUAUCAGGGCAUUCAAGGUGACUUAUAGGAAGACUGCACUGACAUGAUUGCUUCUUAAUCAGUGGUGGCUUGUGGUAGGAGUGCUGGGUUUUUGAUCAUAGGUUUGUGGGUUCGAUACCCACAUCAGUUUAGCGGUCACUGUUGGGCCUUUUAGUACGGCUUGAGCAAAACCCUUAAGUCUUUUUGCUUAAGGAACUGUGUUAUAGAUAUCAAAAAUCAUUGGGCCAUUCCUGGGCCAAAUAACACACUCAAAACCCAAGUUGGGUCAGAUUGGGUAUGGUUUGGCCCAAUUCUGGCCUUACUAGAUGAGCCAACACCCACAUUUGUCAGGUAUAAUAUGACAAUUGGCCUAAGCCAAAAGUGCCAACACCCCGGCUGCUGAGUAUAAUAUAGGAAUUGGCCAACACCCUGAUUGCAGAGUAUAAACCACAUAAGGCCAUACAUCAGCUACGCAUAGGCCAAUUCUUUGCCAUUAUCUGGGAUAGCACCUUAGCCCCCAAAUUUUAUGCUGGAAAAUGUGAAUUUUGGUUAAACCAAAUUAAACCAAUCCAGUUUAUCUCUGUGAAUUUUAGGAAAUUUUAUCACAGACACUUCACCCUGUAUGAAAAGGACUAACCCAGCUCUGGUUAAAACAGUUCUGCUCCAAUAGGGCUUGAGAUAUCUGAUUCAGAUUCAGUUUACAAACAUCUCAUAAGUAUUUACUUGUGUUAAGAAUAUGGCGAACACUAAUGUCCUAGACAGUGGGUCUUCAGUACUGUUUCGGGGAACCAUGCUAGAGGCAGCAUAAGACAAACCUGGACUUGUUUAUAAUGAAAAUAGCAAUUAAUGUCCAACCUAAGCUGGAAUUACACAGCUUAUGCAUUCAAAUCAAGAGAAACCCACAUGUUUCCAUAAAAAAGGGCUGUAUGACCUUCUGGGGAAAAAAUACAACUUAAUAUUCCUUCCUCAGGAAGGACAAUUUAAGAUUUUGUCAGAGAUUGAACUGUAGAUUGAAUGACUUGGCCCUAGCAUUUAAUUUGUCUUUAUAAUUCAUUCAGUGUCAUAAAACAUAACAUCAAACAUAUCACUCUGUGUAAUGUCUAGUGUUUCUUUGGCUACAAUAGUCUUAAAACUGAAGUGCUAAAAUAGAAAGAAGCAAAAUGUGGAUGCUAACGGUGCUUUCACACCAACUUAGUUUGACCUGAAGCAAUAAAGGAAGUCUUAAAGGUCUUUGACCAAAAAGGUCAACUGAACCAUGGUCUGUUUUUUUUUUUAAGUGUGAAAACACUUUUUUGGGUGGAUCAUACUUUUGAGACAAAAGUUUGAGGAAGUUACGGAGGGCUAUCAUCACCUAUUAAACAAUAGAAGAAGAAAAAGAACUGGUGUUGUGCCC